AGCGCUCCGCCACCUAGUGGCCACGGCCCGGAACAACACGUCUGAAUCCCAUCAUGCUUUGCCCGCCGACCCGAGAGCUACCGAUGCUAGGCUAACCGCUGUUAGCCACCGGGAGCGGACAUGUUGGACCGACCCUUCCUUGAAUAAACGUCGCUUUUAGCCGGGAUUCGGGAGUAAGGAGGAAUACUAGGAAGCGUCGGGCAAACAUGGACGCCGUCAACGCCUUUAACCACGAGUUAUUCUCGUUGAUAGACGCCAAGCCCCCAAUCUCUCGGGCAAAGAUGAUCUCCAUCACCAAAUCGGCCAUCAAAGCUAUGAAACUUUACAAACAUGUUGUCCAGAUUGUGGAGAAGUUUAUCAAAAAGUGUAAGUGUGAGUACAAGAUAGCCGGCCUGUAUGUGGUGGAUUCCAUUGUUCGGCAGUCCAGACACCAGUUUGGAUCAGACAAGGACGUGUUUGGCCCACGUUUCACCAAAAAUAUUACAGGAACCUUCGAGAACCUCUGCCUUUGCCCCUUCGAGGACAGGUGUAAGAUCGUGCGGGUGUUGAACCUGUGGCAGAAGAAUGGCGUGUUCAAGAUUGAGAUUAUUCAGCCCCUCCUGGACAUGACAGCUGGCUCUGGCAGUGCUGCUGCGCCCUACGCGGGCUCAGAUGACCCAGGUUCUCCCUCACCAUCAGCCAAAGAGCCAGUUACUGGGGUAACGGCAAACUCCACCAUUACAUCCAGCGCGCAGCUUCAAAACUCUGAUGCCUUUGCUGCUGUGGCGCAGCUUUUCCAGUCCACGCAGGGCCAGCAGCUUCAACAGAUGCUCCAAAACUUCCAGCAGCAGCCUGAGAAGCCUGACACCAACACUCAGCCUCCAGUCUAUACGAGUCAAACACAGGCCCAACACGUUGCCACUAGCCUGGCCAGGGUCGACCCGCAACCGCCUCUGCUCACCCAAGCAGCCCAAGCGGCCCAAGCCGCCCAAGCCGCCCAAGCGGCCCAAGCCGCCCAAGCCGCCCAGCAGAAGACAGCCUUUGAUAAGGUGGAAAAAUUGCUGGACCGUUUUGACUAUGAUGAUGAACCAGAAGUUGGAGAAGAAACAAAGAAGGAUGAAUCGCAUGCCUCUUUUAUGCAGCAGCCUCCAUCCUUCCAACAGCACUUUAAACCACCAAUGAUGAACAUGUUGCAAGACCGCUCACAACAGGUCCCUCUGCCUCCUAAUGGCCAGCUCCAGGCCUAUGGUUUACAGCCAGGACAAAGCUUCCCAGUUAUGAUGCCUCCUUUGGGGCAUGCUUUGCCAGGGCAGCCCCCCCCUGGUUCUACUGGGCCUCCAGGCUUUCCGGGGCUAUACCCUCUCCACAAUGCGGCCCAGCAACAACAGGAUUCGUCAAUGGAUAUGGACCAUUCAUCGACAAGGGAUGGCAGACACGGUCGACGAUCGCACUCGGGCUCCAGGUCUCCAAAGCGGAAGAGGUCACGGUCUAAUUCCCGCACACGGCGAUCCAGGCAUCGGCGAUCCCGCUCCCGCUCCAGAGACCGCCGUCACCAUUCCCCACGCGCUCGCUCGCUGGAGCGCAGGGAGAGGGAGAAGGAGAGAGAGCGGCGACAGAAAGGCCUUCCAGCACCCAAGACCGAGACAUUAAGCAUUUGCAGUACAACUCUCUGGGUGGGCCAGUUGGACAAGAGGACACACCAGCAAGAUGUCGCCUGUUUACUGGAAGAGUUUGGGGAGAUAGAUUCCAUCAAUAUGAUCCCUCCGCGUGGCUGUGCCUAUAUUGUCAUGAUACACAGGCAAGAUGCCUUCAAGGCUCUGCAGAAGCUCAGUCGAGGAUCUCACAAAGUGAAUCAGAAGUCCAUCAAGAUUGCGUGGGCUUUAAACAAGGGCAUAAAGGCUGAUUUCAAACCGUUCUGGGACGUGGAUCUCGGCGUCACCUACAUCCCGUGGUCUAAACUCAGAGAGGCUCAGUUGGAGGAGCUCAAAGAAGGAGGUGUCCUGGAUGCAGACACCUUAUCACCAGAGUGGAGUGGAUUGAGGAAUACUCUCGGCCUCCAGGAGGAACUCACCCACAACGGCCGGUCAGAGCUGCAGCAGUCAGAGGAGACACACGCGUUACCUCUAAAUGCUGUGGCUGCUCCUCCUGCACAGGUUCCUCCAAUGAUGGGUGUGGGAUCUCUCCAGCCUCCGGGUUUUCCUGGUCCCAUGGGCAUGCCUCCGCCUUCCUUCCCCCCAGGCAUCCCCCCUCCUCCUUUCAUCCGACCUGGCUUCAACCCCAUGCAGAUGCCUCCAGGUUUCCCUCCCCCAGGUGCCAUGCCUCUUGGACCACCACCUCUUUCCAAAGGUGGCGUGGAAGACUCGCCGAAUGACGACAUCCUGGACGGUCCCAACAUCUUCAACAAACAGAUGGGACCCAUGGGUAACCAGCUCAUAAGACCCCCAGGUACCCUCCCUGGUGCUCCUCCCGGAAACCUCCAGCCCCCUCCUCGUGGUCUGCUUGGCGCGCGGCCCGGUAUGAUGCCACUCCAGCGUCCUCCGGUUCCCCCGCCAUCACACAUGCAGCGUUUCCCUCCACCCCUCGGGCCGAGACCCCCUCACCCCAACAUGCCACCCAUGCUCCCACAGAUGAUUGCUAGAGGCCCGCACCCUCAGAUGAUGCACCAUGAGCCCGCUCCACUUAAAGGAGGCUUCGGAAUGAUGUCUCCCCACAAUAUGAGGGCUCCUUUCCCUCCGCAUGGGCAGGGUCCUCCUCCUCACGGUCCUCCUCAUCCGGGUCCUCCUCCUUUUAUUAGACCAGGGGGGCCUCGUGGCCUAGACGGGCCUCGUGGCUCGGAGGGGCCUCGUGGCCUGGAGGGGCCUCGUGGCCUGGAGGGGCCUCGUAGCUUGGACGGGCCUCGUGGUCUAGAGGGGCCUCGUAGCUCGGAGGGGCCUCGUGGUCUAGAGGGGCCUCGUAGCCUGGACGGGCAUCGUGGUCUAGAGGGGCCUCGUGGCUCGGAGGGGCCUCGUGGUCUAGAGGGGCCUCGUAGCCUGGACGGGCCUCGUGGUCUAGAGGGGCCUCGUGGCUCGGAGGGGCCUCGUGGCCUGGAGGGGCCUCGUAGCCUGGACGGGCCUCGUGGUCUAGAGGGGCCUCGUGGCUCGGAGGGGCCUCGUAACCUGGACGGGCCUCGUGGCUUGGAGGGGCCUCGUAACCUGGACGGGCCUCGUGGCUUGGAGGGGCCUCGUAACCUGGACGGGCCUCGUGGCUCGGAGGGGCCUCGUGGCCUGGAGGGGCCUCGUGGUCUAGAGGGGCCUCGUAACCUGGACGGGCCUCGUGGCUCGGAGGGGCCUCGUAACCUGGACGGGCCUCGUGGCCUGGAGGGGCCUCGUAACCUGGACGGGCCUCGUGGCUUGGAGGGGCCUCGUAACCUGGACGGGCCUCGUGGCUCGGAGGGGCCUCGUGGUCUAGAGGGGCCUCGUAACCUGGACGGGCCUCGUGGCUCGGAGGGGCCUCGUGGCCUGGAGGGGCCUCGUAACCUGGACGGGCCUCGUGGCCUCGACGGGCCUCGUAGCCUGGACGGGUCUCGUGGCCUGGAGGGGCCUCGUGGCCUGGAGGGGCCAGAAGAAAUGGAAGGCCGACCAUUCAGGGGAGACAGGCCUGGAUUCAGGGACAGAGAGCCAGGCAGGGACUGGGAUCGAGACAGGGAUAGAGAGAGGGAUCGAGGUUUUGGAGGUGGAAGGCGUCCAUUUGGUGAUGGAGGGAGGGGAGGAGGUGGAGAUAGAAUGGAUGGCAGGGACCGACUCGGAGGAUGGCAAGAAGAUGGAGGAGGUCACCGGGGAGGAGGAUGGGAGAGAGACAGAGAUCGGGACAGAGAUCGGGACAGAGAUCGAGAUAGAGAUCGAGACAACAGGCGGGACUGGAAGGAAAGGCGAAACAGCUUGGAUGGCGACAGGGAGCGGGGGAGGAGUGCUGAUAGGGAUAGGGAUCGGGGGAGGGGUGCUGAUGGGGAUAGGGAUCGGGGGAGGGGUGCUGAUGGGGAUAGGGAUCGGGGGAGGGGUGAGGGAGGAGAAAGGGCAAAGGCAGAAGGAGGGGGUCGAGAAAGAGGGAAAGGAGCUGAAGGAAAAGAAGGGGACAGGCCGAGGCGGUCAGAGAGGCGAGAGAGGACCACGCGUUGGGACAGGGAUGAUCGCUUGGCUGAACUGGAAAACGUAGGAACAUUGCGGACCCCUGACGCCACGGAGCAAAUUCCCGUGACUCCCGUUGCAACGGCUACGGAAACCAGUCAAGAACCAAGUGUAGAAGCUUCUGAAAAGAAGGCCGAUUCUGAACUCUUAGCUCCGUCACCAGAGGUAACCCCCGCUGCAGAGGAGCCGACGCCCUCGGUGCCCUCACCCUCAGCUCAAAGUGAGCCCACAGAAACAAAACCGGAAGCAGCGUCAUAGACUGGCUCCCUGCUCCUUCAGUCAGAGACUGCUGGAGAACCACUGAUUUCAUUAUUUUUAUUUUUUAUUUUUUUUAAAGGUGUUUUUUCACAAUGAUAGUCAACCUCAACUCCUGGCAUAAUAAGAAUAAUGAUUCUAGCCCGUCACAGUUUGCCAGUUGGUAAUUAACCGUUUACGGGCGGCAACAACAACAGUCUCCCACACCGGUUUCAAACAUGUCAAAUGGUUGUUUUCAGACCGACUGGCUAAUUGUCAAAUGUGGCUUUUACGUCUGAUUCUGGAAACGCAUAACCACAUACAAAUCUGUUUGGUAAAAUUGCUGUAUUUUAAUAUUGGCUGUCAACUGUUUUUCUUUCUUUCUGGAAGAUGAAAGAAUGAACACAGUGCUUGCAUGUUAUCAUGGCUCUCCGUCCAUUUUAGGUUCAUUUGAGCUUAGCUUUUAUGUUGGUUUGCCGACGAGGGAAACAUAACUUCUGUUUACUUCAUUGCCUUAUCUGUGUGAUAGCAGGCGCUCACUCCUCAAAAUAUUUUCAUUUUAAUAGUUUAAAAAAAACAAAUCUGCCAAAAUGUCAUGUCAAACACUGAAUAUCUUCUUCUCAAACAACUGUUAUGAUAAUACAAGCACCGUUUCCUUUCCUUUGUUCUUUUCAACUCAUCUUAUGAUUCAUGUCUGCUCUUCAUUGAAGAUUACAGCCAGUUAUUCUCAGCAUUGAAAGGACUAUCGUGGCCUUAACAAUCCAAUCACGUUUGAAUAGGAAGGGGAGCGUACACAUUGGGGAUGACUUGCAGAGGUAAAUCACACGAAGAAUUAGGCUUGCUACUUUCCUCACACAUCUCCUUUUGAUUUAAAUCUCCACUUUUCAUCCUUUUUUAACACACUUUAUUUCAGGCAAAAUAAAUAAUGCUCUACAUUCUACCAACCACUUAAUGCAAAUGUACUGUUAAAUACCCAAUGUCCUUUGAAAAGAAAGGAAAAAAUCACAUUCAAUACGUGUUUUCUUAAGUAUUUGAACGCUUGAAUCAUACUCGGUAGUCAUAUUUGGCUGAUAACAGGAAUUUCACCCAAACGUAUAUCAAUUUCAGAUUGAGGGAAUCAAGAAUUCUUCGGGUUACAUCCUGUACUUGAGCAGAUGUCACUUCAGAUCUUUCAAUUGGUUAUUUGUGUGUAUUUUUAUAUAUACACACAAUGAUUUUAAAAUAUGUUUAUAUAGAGAGACAGCGGGAGAGAAAGAGAGAGAUACGUACAGUUAAAGAAUAAAUUAACAGGUUCAUUUUUUGAAGUAUUGCACUUUUGCAAUAAUUCUGGGGCCAGCUGGCUGAGCAUUGUGUUUACAUAAGUUAGCAGGCGGACUGGAUGAGCUUUAUGUUUAUGGUGGUCUUUUCUUUUUCCCAUGCGUAUGGAGAACAAAAAUAGGGCCGUUCUGUUGGAUCAGACAAAAGAGUCUUCCAAUUCAUCUCGUGUGCCCCCAGUCAAAUACUGAUAUAUUUUUUGGGUUUUGGCCACCAGAAGAUACAAAAUGUUGCCCUGUAGUGUAAAUCUGUUGUUGGUGACAAACACAGCUUUUUUUUAAAAACGUAGUGUCUCUCUUACUGCAGACAUGCUGUACCUGAAGUUGAUCAAAUUUGAAGCCCAGAUUCUCCAAGUCCAACUCAAAAGAGCAAAAACUAAGGCGAUAAAACAGUUGCUUGGGACACACUGCUGUAAAUAUGCUUGUAUCGCGGACGAUUCAAAGGUGUAUUUGUUGUUUAUAAUCCGUGAUUCAUUUAUCGUAGAGAAGGAAAUUGACUUGGAAGGAACAACUGAGGCCUCUUGCUUUAACAUUUUUUUAACUCCUAAUGGUUUGAAAAUUGACGGAUGUUUCUAUGAUUUGUUAAUAACACAAAAGACAUGGACAUAAAGUCUCCACUAUUUCAGCCGGAGGAGAUUGUUUUUAAUAAACUAUUUUUGUACCAAAUGA